AUCUUAUUUAUAAGGGCAUGACCAGACGUGAUACACUAGAAGAUGAGACUGGUAAGAAACUUCCGGCAAUGAGGGUUUUCUCGCUAUCUAUUGAUUUUUUAAGAAAGGAUGUUCUUGAUACUCUAAGUAAUCACAUUGAUGGCAUAUUUAUUGCGUCUGACAUACACUGGGUUCUUACUGUUCCAGCGAUAUGGAACGAUGCAGCUAAACAGUUUAUGAGGGAGGCAGCACAACAGGCUCAGAUUCAGGGAAAAAACCUAAGUUUAUGUCUUGAACCAGAAGCGGCAUCUAUUUAUUGUCGUCAUCUUCCGGUGUCAAAGUGUACCGAACAAGAAGUUACAUCGAUUUCCCAGUUUUCACCAGGAACAAAAUAUCUUGUCCUUGACGCAGGAGGAGGAACGGUUGACAUAACUGUACAUGAAGUAACUGACAAUGGAAACUUGAAAGAACUCCAUAAAGCAAGUGGUGGUGCAUGGGGUGGAACUAAAGUAGAUGAAGCAUUUGAAGAGUUUCUAUCAAGUAUUGUUGGACCUGUUGUCAUCUCAAAACUCAAAAGUCAAUAUUUAGAGGAUUACAUUUACCUUUUUCGUGAAUUUGAAAACAAAAAACGCAACAUUAUUCAAACUACAAGAUCCGUGACUAUGCGUUUUCCAGCUAGCCUUUCUGACUUAUGUCUAGAAGUCGAAGAAACGGAAUUAAGUGAAUUAAUACGACAGUCUAGAUUUGAAAGCAAAGUCCAAGUUUUACGAGAUAAAUUGAAAAUCGAUGGUGGUGUUUUCAACGAGAUUUUUGAACCAACAGUUCGCAAAAUAAUAAGCCAUGUUGAAAAUCUGUUGACGACACCUUCAGUUGAUGGUUGUGCUGCCAUCCUUAUGGUUGGUGGAUUUUCUGAAUCAUCGGUGUUGCAAACGAAUGUAAAGUCCACAUUCAAACACCUGAAAGUAAUCGUUCCAGACGACGCAGGAUUAGCAGUCUUAAAAGGAGCUGUCAUCUUCGGGCACAAACCUACAACAAUUACUGAAAGAAUAUGCAAGUUAACAUACGGUAAACGGUUUUCUCAUAGGUACAGUGAGAGCUGCAAACAUCGGAAGGGAAGAGUUGAAAAGGAUAAUAAUGGAGAUAUGAGAUGUUAUGACUUAUUCGACAUUCAUGUUAAAGCAGGGCAGUCCAUCAAGGUGGAUGAAGAACAACCAGAAGUAAUAUACACACCUAUAACCGAUAACCAAACUCGUGUUACCACCAAGGUAUAUGCAUCCUCUUCAACAAAUCCGCAGCAUACUACAGAAGAUGGAUGCAAUUACAUUGGAUCAUUAACAGUGCCUAUUUCCGAUAUAAGCUCUGGAAGAAAUCAUAAAUUUGGAACAAGUUUCAUUUUUGGAGGGACCGAGAUUGUUGUAAAAGUCGUUGACAAGGAGUCCGGUGAAAUCAUGCUAAAAUCAGUCGAUUUCCUUGGAUGAAAUAUCAACAAAUUAAAUCAGAAUGAGACUUGCAAGAGACCUUAACUUUUUUGUUCUUUGUAAGCUGUUAUGAGACAAUAUUUGAUACGGAAUAAAUGUAGCAUUAUUAUCAUUUUGCUUUAAAUAUCAGUGUAAGAUCACUGCUUAAAUAUUAUUUGUGAACCAAUUCUUAUAUAAUGUCGGUAGAUAUUACACUAUAUAUAUACUGUACCUCAGCUUUGUUAAGAAUUGCCUUCAUUUUUAGUUUUUUACUAUAAACUUUUGCAUUUAAAUGCACAUGAUAUUGUUACUCUAACAAAACUGUUUGAGUGCAUAGCUCUUUGUUGAGUAAGAAAGUUAUAGGAAUUGUAAAAGAAGCGAUGAUAAAUAAUGAAACUUCUGAAAUUAUCUUAAUUCUUAAACUUCAAUUGGUUAAU